AUGUCACCGCACCGCAAAUGGAGGGGGCCGAGUGAUAUUGCGGCCUCAUUACGCCGGCGGGACUUCGCUCUUAUUUAUGAAAUAAAAAUGAAAACAUCUCCUGACGAAUGGCGGCCGCGGCUGACCACCCUCUGCCACCCCCGACUCGGCCCCGCGGGGCAGCCGCCGGACUCCAACCUCAACGAGCGGUGCCUAGCUCGCGGAACGGUACAAUCACUUGUGUCGUGGCGAGACUCCGGGGGCUGGGGGGAGGGGGAGGACGGGGGAGGCGGCGGGAGGGGGAGCACGGUGCAGCCCGUCGCCAUGGCAACCGCCCUCGCC